CCCGGCCAGACCGCAGAUCAACAACACGCAUCCAGACAGUCACAACUCAAACAGUCCGUUUGCCCAAAGCGAUGUCGAGAGACUUCACCACACUUGGAUCCUCAUGAGUCCCGUCUCCAACACACACAAUGAAGUUCACCUACGCAAAGACGACCAUCGUGCUCCUCCCAUGCCCUCCCUAGUGAAGCAACGCUUACCCUGGGUGCUGCCCCUCGUCUUUCCCUCGACCUGACAAAGACAACAUGACAGAUCCUCACCCGGCCUCAGACUCCUCCCACCCUGAUUCCGAUCCUCAUGAUGCGCAAGGUGAUUUCAGUCACUUUUCUUUUUCACAAGGUCGUUCGAAAGAGUCAGAGGCAUGGAGCGACGACCGGUUCUUGUUGACCCCUCCGAUACAACCCACGACUGCUGAUCCUCUGGGUCAACCCAUGUAUCAAAAUAAAGCUCGAGCUCUCCAAGCAAAUCAGCAGGCAUUCUCGGACAAUGCACAGCUUUCGAGCUCUCCAGAAAGCUCUGCGGCGCUACACCAUGAUGCGGCCCGCCUCAUUAGUGGCCUACAUAUCAAGACCGAUGUUAACGCUCUGCAUCGAGUAAAUUCUGCUCAGUCAAUGGAAUCCGAGUCGCGGUUGCGGUCGAGUACAUCGGCGUCAAGCCUUCCAUACCGAGUGCCCAGUAUUCGAGCACAACUGCAUUCCGCUGCCGGCUCCGUAUCACCGGGCACCACUCUGUCUUCGCCCCAGAUUGCUGCCAUGCUCGAUAUCACACCGCUUCCAUCUCCGACCACGGGCGCGUUUGAGUUGCUCAGACCGAUUUCAAGAACCAGGUCUCGAGGCUCUUCUGUGUCGUCUCUGAGAUCUUUCAUACUGGAAAUGAAUCCUCCAGCGUAUGCCGCACCGAACUAUAACUUGGGCAGUCUCUCACCUACCUCACCUCGCCGUAAGGGCUACCCAGGCCUCAAGUCACCUCCGAGACGGAAUUCCGCAGAUGACCGAAGACCUUCCGAUGAAGAAAGUCACGCUAGAAGUGUAAGCGACUAUGUUCCAGAGGCUUUGGCGAUGCCAAAACCACGGCACGUUGUGGUCAGUACUGGGACCCCUGCCGAGGUAAACCAAGCGUCAUCAAGUAUGCACCGCGAAGAAUUCAUUGGUCCUCGCAGAAGUAUAGCAGAGGGUCUUGAACAAGUUAACGUACAUCUUCCAGUUGUGCAUAAGAUGGAAACCACUCACGAGGAUGAACCAGCACCCAAACGCCCAAGGCUGGAAGUCUUCCAUGCGAAAGGUAUCACUUCAGGGGAACCAAGAGCUUAUGAAGCAAUCAAGACGCUGGGACAGGGAACCUUCAGCAAGGUAUAUCUGGCAGUACGCUUUAUUCAUAAGGAUCGGAAAGAUAGUGUUGAUUAUCGACAAGACAGCAUUAAUAUGGCUGGCGUCAAGGCCCGAUCGCGGAGAAUGGUCGCUGUCAAGGUUGUUGAACAAGGUCCAGCCGGCGGAGCAGAUGCGGAGAGAAUCGAAGUUGGCUUACAGCGAGAGGUGGAGAUCUUGAAGGCAAUACAACACCCAUCUUUGGUCCACCUCAAGGCAUUUGGCAAGGACAGAGCUGGUCGAGCACUUCUGGUGAUGAACUAUUGUCCAGGUGGAGAUCUAUUCGAGGUUGCCACGAAACACCAGGAAGUUUUGGUGCCAGCGCUUGUACGAAGAAUCUUUUCAGAAUUGGUUUCAGCUGUGCGGUACCUGCACCAAAAGUAUAUUGUCCAUCGGGAUAUCAAGUUGGAGAACAUCCUGCUUAACAUUCCGGUUCGCGUUCACUCCGAUGUUCGUGAUUGGCAGACACUAGAUCGAGCUGUUAUCACGUUGACCGAUAUGGGUCUCUCACGUCGGAUCCCUCAGCCACCUGAAAGUCCACUACUCACGACAAGAUGUGGAAGUGAAGAUUAUGCGGCUCCGGAAAUUCUCAUGGGUCAACCUUACGAUGGACGUCAGACGGACGCAUGGGCACUGGGUGUAGUCUUGUAUGCAUUGAUGGAAGGACGUCUACCUUUUGAUCCAUUACCUGGAGCAAGAGGAGAUCCAGCCACACUUCGAGCACGAACGCCGCACCGAAUUGCUCGAUGCGAAUGGGCAUGGGUCAAGUAUGGAGAUGAAGAUGGGGAAUGGGACCCGGAAAAGGGUCAUGGCUACGAAGGCGCUCCAGCAUGCGUGGAUGGACUGUUGAAGCGCAACACACGACGAAAACCACUUAGCGACAUCCGUGAAAUGCCCUGGGUCAAGGAUGGGAUUCGAGUGGACGGUGGUCUUCGAUGGGUGGAAGAGGAAUUGUAACAACACCAAAAAAAGGAGAUGAUUCUUGUGAUUCUCAAUGGGAACAAUCAAUGUUUGAGUACAGGCAUAGACUGGGGUGACUGGGAUAACUAUAGAAGAAGCCUAGUUGGGUAGGAUGACUCGAUGCAUUCCUCGAGGAAGUACUCCAUACUCCAUACUCGAUGUAUCAAAUAUGCUUCUGCCGGA